AUGGAUGAAGAAUUGAAAUGUCCUGCCUGUCAUUCUUAUUUUAUAGAUCCUAUUUUAUUAAAUUGUGGACAUUCUUAUUGUAGAGGAUGUGCUUUAAAGGCAAAUUUUAAAUCAGCAGUCUCACCAUGUUUCUCAAAUUCAUCCUCAGCAGGUAGCGAUUCAGCAUCUGUUUGUACCUCUGAACCAGAUCAUGAUUUGAUGGAUAAAUUGUCUCUUGGUUCAGAGACAGACUCUGGAGUAGGAUUAUUUAAUAAAUCAUCAAGGCCAAAUAGUUUCAUUUCUAAUCCACCAUCAAAAUUUCCCUCAAUUUUAACACCAUCUACAUCAUCCGGUUAUAUUGUCACAUGUAAUUCUUGUCAAAAAACAAAUAUUUUUACUGAUGAAAGUUGUAUUAAAAAUGCACCAACAAAUAAAAUUUUAGCUAAAUUAGUUGAAAGAAAAAAAAAUUUACAAUUAUCAUCAAAUGACAUUCCUAAGAAAGCUCCAAAUUGUCAAUUAUGUGAGGAUGGUCCUAUGGAAGCAUUGGUAUAUUGUGAACAAUGUGAUAUUUAUUAUUGUUCACCAUGUCAAAAUCUUCUUCAUCCAUCUAGAGGACCACUUACAAAACAUACAUUAAUACCUGCUAUUAAAAGAUCUGAAACAUUAAAUAAUAAUAAUAAUAAUAACAUUCUUCAAUCACUUAUUCAUUGUGAAUCUCAUACUCAAGAAACAUUAACAAUGUAUUGCACAAGUUGUAAAGUUCCUAUUUGUUGCCAAUGCCUAAAUGACUCAAAACAUUCAUCUCAUGAAGUACAGUCUCUCUCUACAAUAGUUAAAUCUCAAAAGGGUGAAUUGUCAAAAAUUUUAACUUCACUAUCAGAAAAAGCAAAAAUAGCAACAGAAGAUAUUGGAAAAUUAAAACAACAUCAUGAAUAUGUUAAUCAAUGUAGUGAUGAGGUUAAAAAGAAAAUUGAAAAACAAAUGAAUGAUAUUAUUAAUAAACUUGAAGAAAAGAAACUUAAUUUAUUUCAAAUUGUUGAAAAGGAGCGAAAAUCUAUUCGUGCACGUUUAAAAGAUCAAAUCACAAAAUGUUCACAACAUUUAACAAAGACAACUGCUUUAAUACAAUACUGUAUUGAAAUAUUAAAAGAAAAUGAUUCAUUAUCAUUUAUGGAAAUUUCACAACCAAUAUCUAAUAGAACUGCAAAUCAUGACUUUUUAUGGGAUAAAGAUAUGAAAAGUAAAUUAGAAUUUGAUCCAGAAAUUGUAUUAAAUUUAAAUACCUUACAAGUAGAACAUUCAAUAAAUAAUCUUAAUUUUGCCCAAAAAAAAGUACCUAAUCAACCAGAAUUUAUACCAAAUGAAUGUUCAGCAGAAAAUAAUUCUUUUACAAUUGUUUGGGGAUUAAAAGAUCAUAGUAUAUCUAUUGAUGGAUAUAUUCUUGAGAUAGCAUUAAUUGAUAAUGAUAAAAAAGAAAAAUUUAGAGAAGUUUAUCGUGGUCCAGAAAAUUGUUGUUCUAUAUAUGGUUUACAUUUUAAUACAUAUUAUCAGGCUCGUGUUAAAGCAUUUAAUUGUUGUGGUGUUGGUAAUCCAUCAGAACAUAUAACACUUCAAACAGCUCCAGUUCCCUGGUUUAAUUUAGAAAAAAAUGAAAAUCAACAAGAAAUUAUUUUGUCAAAAAAUCAAAUGACAGUAACAGGAAGUACUUUGGAUUAUAAUGUAGUUUUAGGAAGUGUUUAUUUUUCAAAAGGUAUUCAUUAUUGGGAAAUUAUAAUUGAUAAUCUUUCAAUAAAUGCUGAUGUUGUUGUUGGGGUUGGUUUUUAUAAUACAAAUAGGAAUGCUAUGUUGGGACGUGAUUUAUUUAGUUGGUCUAUGUAUAUUGAUAAUGAAAGAAGUUGGUAUCUUCAUAAUGAUAAACAUCACGGUAGAAUUGCGGGUGGAAUUGGAAAAGGAAGUAUAAUUGGAGUACUACUUAAUUGUGAUAAAGGUACUUUAUCAUUUAUUGUAAAUAGAAAACCAUUAAUGUUUGAAAAUGAUACAUUUGCAUUUAAAAAUAUGCCUAAAGGGUUAUACUAUCCUGCAAUUAGUGUCAAUUGUAACUCAAAAGUUACUGUAAAAAGUGGUUUGACACCACCAGUAUAUGGAGUAGAGUUAACAGAAUCAUGUUUAUAG